UUUGAUUCGUUUUACCAUACCUUAUCAAUUUAAAGAAUACCCUUGAUUACAUCCAUUCAUUAAAGAAUGUAUCGGGGUAUAUUAGUACAACGACAUUGUAGUCGUCGACUACAUAAUACAUCUAUUAAACUCAAUAAUACAACCAAAUUUAAAGAAACACCACGAAUAAAUGCAGUUGGUAUUCAAUACUUAUCAAAGAAUCUUCAAAAGAAAAUAUUUCCUAAAUCAAAACUGAUCAAAGAGAAUAAACAAUUGCUUGAAGUAUCAAAACAACAUCUUAAGCAAAAUGGACUUUUGGGUAAAGCUACUCAAAUUACAGAACCAAUUGAUAUUAAGGGAUUUCCUUCUCUUAUUGGUGAAGGUUCAUUAGAUGAGCAUUUCUAUAAAAUUGGAACAAAACUGUCGGAACCUUAUCUUAAGAUGGCUGAAUCAUUUCUUUCUAAAAAGAUGAAACUUCCUCCCUUACCUAAAAAAUGGUUAUUCCAAUCUGGUUGGGUAAGAUAUGCGCCAGGUUGUAAGCCAGAACCAGUACCAUAUCCAUUAGAAAAUGAAAUAGUUUUCGAUGUAGAAGUCUUGUAUAAGAUCUCGCCUUAUGCAGUGAUGAAUACUGCAGUCACUUCCAAAGCUUGGUAUGGAUGGGUAUCACCAUUAUUAACUGAACAUGCUAAAGAUAAAAAUUAUAAUGAUUAUGAACAUCUUAUACCUUUUAAUUGUCUUAAUGAAGAAAAAAUCAUGAUUGGUUAUAAUGUUGGGUAUGACAGAGCAAGAGUGUUUGAUGAAUAUAAUAUCAAACAAUCCAAAGCAUUUUAUCUUGAUGCUAUGGCUCUACAUGUAGCCUUGACUGGGAUCUGUUCUCAACAAAGACCAAAAUGGUUUAAGCAUAAGAAAAAUAAAGAAAUCCUUGAAACUGACCAAGAUGAAGGCUCCAAAGAGGCAAUGUCAUGUGAGGAGACCGGAGUCGAUGUUGCACAAGAAUUAUUGGAUGACCCAUGGUUAAAUAAAGCAGCUCCAAAUUCAUUGGCAGUGGUGGCAAAACAUCAUUGUGGUAUAGAAAUGGAUAAAUCUGAUAGAGAUUAUUUCUCUUCAACUUCACCUCAAGAUAUUAUAGAUAAUUUUCAAAAACUAAUGAAUUAUUGUGCAAAGGAUGUUGAAGUAACAUAUUCUGUGGCUGCCAAAUUAUUUCCUGAAUUCAGAAAGAAAAUCCCACAUCCAGUAUCAUUUGCCGCAUUAAGACAUCUUGGUACUUUAUUCUUACCUAGUACCAAAAAAUGGGAUGGAUAUAUUGAAACAGCUGAAAGAAUUUAUCUUGCCAAUAGAGAUAUUGUUUUAGAUAAAUUAAAAUUUCAAGUGAAUAAUUUGGUACAACAUCUUCAACCUGAUGCGUCAAAUAAAAAACUGAUUUCUGCCCCUGAAUGGGAAAAUGAUCCAUGGUUGUCACAACUUGAUUGGACUCAUAAGGAAAUGAAACUCAAGAAAGAUGGUACACCAGCAAAACGUCAAGCAUAUCUUACUGGAUAUCCAGAAUGGUAUAGAGAUCUUUUCAAAAGACAGCCUGCAGAUGGGCAAUCUAGUAAGACAGAACGUGAAUUGACUGUAACUAUCCGUACACGAAGUACGCCAUUAUUCUUAAGACUUUCAUGGGAAGGAUAUCCAUUAUUUUGGACAGAUACUCAUGGAUGGUGUUUUAAAGUACCAUUUGAUGACACAAUUGUAGAAAAACUUGAGAAAAAGAAUUAUACACGAGUAUUAUUAAAUGAUGAAGAUAUGGAAAAAUAUGAACAUCAAUUAAGAAAUGAAAAUGGAUAUUAUGAAUUGUUUAAAGUUCCUCAUCCAGAUGGCCCAGCGCACAGGUGUACUGGUAUUCUUGGAAAGAGUUAUCUUCGGUAUUUUGAAGAUGGUACGAUGAGCUCUGAAUUUGACUUUGCAACUGAUAUUUUAAAGUUAAACGCACAAUCUUCAUAUUGGAUGGGAAAUCGAAAGAGAAUCAAAGACCAAUUUAUUGUUUACAAUGAUAUUAAAGGUGAAAAGAAUAAAAUAUUUGAUAAUCCAACUGAAAUUGAAUCUCGUCCAGAAAUGGGGAUCAUAUUACCAAAGAUUUGUUCUAUGGGAACAGUAACUAGAAGAGCUACAGAAAAUACCUGGUUGACUGCAUCUAAUUCCAAAAAAUCACGUAUUGGAUCAGAGCUAAAGGCUAUGAUUGAGGUGCCCAAGGGUUAUGCCUUUGUAGGUGCAGAUGUUGAUUCGGAAGAGUUGUGGAUUGCAUCGUUAAUCGGGGAUUCUGAAUUCAAGUUCCAUGGUGCUACCGCUCUAGGAUGGAUGACGUUGGAAGGUACCAAGAAUGAAGGUACAGAUUUACAUUCUAAAACUGCCGAAAUCUUGGGGAUUCUGAGAGGAGAUGCUAAAGUUUUCAAUUAUGGUCGUAUUUAUGGAGCCGGUGUUAAAUUUGCGACCCGACUUUUAAUGCAAUGCAAUCCGUUAAUUUCAAACGAACAAGCGGCAGAAACUGCAAAGACUUUAUAUGAAAAGACGAAAGGAUCUUCUGGCUCGUCUAAGUUACUUGAGCGAAGAAUGUAUUAUGGAGGUUCUGAAUCAGUGAUGUUUAAUAAAUUGGAAGCCAUUGCUUAUGAAGAAUUUCCAAGAACUCCAGUAUUGGGUGCAUCAAUUACAGCAGCCCUAACUAAAACAAACUUAAAGGCCAAUCAAUUCUUAACGUCGCGAGUUAAUUGGUCCAUCCAAAGUUCUGGAGUUGACUACCUUCAUCUCUUGAUUGUCUCCAUGGAGCAUCUUAGUGAAAAAUACAAUAUCCCUUUGAGAUUGUCCAUCACAGUCCAUGACGAAUUGCGAUACCUUUGCAAAGAGGAGUAUAAAUAUGACGUUGCUUUGCUAUUACAAAUUAGUAAUUUGUGGACAAGAGCAAUGUUUUGCCAACAAUUGGGAAUUAAUGAAGUCCCUCAAUCUUGUGCAUUUUUUUCUGAGGUAGAUAUCGAUCAUGUUCUACGUAAAGAAGUUGGAAUGGAUUGUGUAACACCGUCACAUCCAGAAUCAAUUGCACCAGGUGAAUCAUUGGGUAUUGAACAGUUAUUACAGAAAUUCAGUGAAACAUCCGGUUUAAAAGUGGAUAAGAAUUUUAAAUAUGAUUUUGAUAAAAUUCCUUAUAAACCGAGAAUACCAGUACUUCAAGGAAUGGGUAAACUUUCGGAUGGGUUAGACUUGACAUGGGCCAAAAUGCAAUGUGCUGAAUCCUCCUCGGAUUGGAGAAAAUUAUUAAGAGAAUAUGGCUCUCUGAAAACAAAGCCCAAGGCAAAAAUCAAUAGGAAAAAAUUUAAAGAGGAAUAUGAAAUUGGAAUGGAUGGGGAUCAUUUAUUGGAACAAUAUGUUGCACCUGCAAAAGAGUUUGCACUGAAUGCGAAAAAGCGACGAGAUGUAUACGAUACUAUAAAGCCGGGAGGGCGGGAAAUUAUCUCGCCCAGUUUAGCAGUCGGUAUGAAACGACCGAGUGCUACCCCGCAAAGAAGGUAUCUACUGAACUGUAUUCCGCGCCAAUCAUUCAAGUGAAACCUUUUAAAGACAUUGAAUUUAUUAACAAUAAGAAAGCCCACCAACCCUAUAAUAUAAUUGAUGUAUUUUAGCACAUCAUUGAUCCUGGUACCAAUAUCCAAACUCUUUAUAAUUGAUUGCUCCAUUGAAGUCUACAGUCAUUAAUCCAAGUUCUUCCUAGUACCACCUACUACUACUAUUACUAUUACUUCCUGGUCUCCUUAUCUUAUUUGUCCUUACAAUUGUUGCUUAUUAGAUUUCCUUCUGAUACCCUAACUUGACGCUUUAUACAAAGUUAUGAUACAUUUUAUACAUAUUACGAAUUACGACAUUAUUUUUUUAUUAAUUUAA